CACUAAUUACUUUCUCUUUUGCUCUCUUCUCUACUUCUUCUCCUUUCCCUUUCUCUCUCAUUCUUCCCUCGUCGAACCCUAAUAUCGCCGGUGAACGUUUUCCGGCACCGCCUCUUGCCGGAGUAUCAGCUAACCCGAUCUAUUAUCCAACCAUUAUUUAUUUAUUUAUCAUUAAUUUAACAAAGUGAGAGUUAUAGAGAGAUCAGAAAAUGUACAAGAACCAGCUUCAAGAGCUGGCGCAGAGGAGCUGCUUCAACCUUCCUUCUUACACUUGCAUUCGUGAAGGUCCCGAUCACGCGCCGAGGUUUAAAGCUACAGUUAACUUUAACGGCGAGAUCUUUGAGAGUCCUCACUACUGUUCAACUCUCCGUCAAGCUGAACACUCCGCAGCUGAAGUAGCACUCAAUUCACUCUCCCACCGUGGUCCCUCUCACUCACUCGCCGCUAAGAUCCUCGAUGAGACUGGAGUCUACAAGAACCUCUUACAGGAAAUUGCACAGCGAGUAGGGGCCCCAUUGCCUCAGUACACAACAUUUAGAUCAGGCCUAGGGCAUUUACCUGUUUUUACUGGGAUAGUAGAAUUGGCUGGAAUCACAUUUACUGGUGAACCUGCCAAGAAUAAGAAACAAGCCGAGAAAAAUGCAGCUAUGGCAGCUUGGUCAUCUUUAAAGCAAUUGGCAAAAGAGACUGCUAGCUCUUCAACUGAACCUGAGAACAAUGACGAAUUAGAACAGAUCACUAUAGCACGGGCUUUGCUGAACUACCGUCUUAAGGAAAAGAUGGCAAUGUCUAAUCCAAAUGCUCUAAUUCCAUUUCAGAAGAAAUUUCAGAUUCAAAAUCUCAGACCAACCAGUUCUCAACAUCCUCCUGCGACCACAUCAAAGAUCCUUCCCCUAAUUUGCCAAAAGAAUGGAUCUCGAAGCAAGCCUUCAUCGGCAACUGCAAAUGAAAAUCCUCGAAGCAGGAAUCUGCCAGCAGCAGUAACAAAUGACAAGUCCACGGUGCAGCCGCUACAGUCUUCUGCACUAGAAAGCCGGGGGACCCGUCCUCUGAAAUUCCCUGCAGUGGGUGCAGCACCUUAUGUUCCCAUUCGACAAAUGAGACCACCUUGCCAUGGGAUUGCACCUCCAGUGGCUAUGAGGACCGUAGUACCUGUGUUCUCUGCACCGCCUCUUCCACCACCUGCCUCAGUCCAUCGGAUAAUACGCGCUCCUCCUGUACGAAUUGCUCCUCCAGUCAGUAUUCGACAAGCUGUUCCUGUAUAUGCUGCCCCACCUUCAAGACAAGAUGAACCUGCCCCCCUCCUAAAAGAUCUACCUACCCCCAUCCUAAAAGAUCUACCUGCCAGUAAUACUGUCCAGCAAGAUAAGCUUCCAGCUAAAAUUCAAGAGAUGGACAAGACUGAGAACAACCAACCACAGUCAGAGACUGUGGUGAGCCCACCACAAUCAGAGACAGUGAUGAGUUUGGAGCCGCUGAAAAUUUGAAAUUUAAUUGAGUGGGUCUGAAUUCACGGAAACACAGUCAUGUUUUUGUUGUGAUAGCUUGGUUCGCAUCCUAUAAUGAGUGAUGUCAAAUUACCCCUUCCUUACCCCAUUUUGUCCUGUUAAAUUUGAUGGUUGGCACAGGUUAAUUAGCAUCAGCAGUUCAGUUUCUGUAAAAUUCAAGAGCAGUUUGGCAUAAAAUUUACCAGUUUUUACUUUAUGCAUGUAUGUAUGUCAUAUUUUAUCAUACCUUUUCAGCAGGUAUGCGAGCUUGAUGAUAUGAUUAUUGCUCUCUUUAUCCUGUGAUCAGUAAUGCUGCACAAUUGCGCAUUGAUA